AUGCCUGGACGGACGGCCGGCGCCGCGGCGCGGCGCGUGUGCUGCCUCUCUACCAUGCUCCACCUGUCUGUGUGGGCGCCGGGCGUGGGCAUCCGCACCGAGCGCCGCUGGGCGCGUGCGCUCACGCUGGCGGCGCUGCGGCACCAGCUGGAGCGCAUGACGGGCAUUCCACCUGAGGCGCAGUCGCUCGAGCUGUGGCCAGCCGGGACGACAGACGAGUCGCGCGCGUCCGCCGUCGCGACGGACGCGGGUCUCACGCCUGACGCGCCGAUCUGGGACGUGUGGCGCGCGCACGACGGGAUGGUCGUGUGUGUGCGUGACCGGCGGGGCCGGACGAUGCCGGACGAGGCGGACGUCGCCAAGUGGGAGCUCACGGACGAGCAGUACGCGGCGCGCCCCGACACGCUGCGGUCGUUUCUGCAGGCGCGCCAGCUGGGACGCUAUGCGCCGGCGGCGGCGGCGGCGGCGCCGAGCCUGCCGCCCGACAUGGUGCCGGGUGCGCGGUGCAUCGUCGAUACGGGCGACCGCUUUGAGCGCCGCGGCACGGUCCGGUUCGCAGGCGCGACGCAGUUCGCGCCUGGCGUGUGGGUCGGCGUCGAGCUCGAUGAGCCCGUGGGCAAGAACGACGGGAGCGUAAAAGGCGUGCGCUACUUUUCGGCACGCAUGCACUACGGCACCAUGGUCCGGCCGGCGCAUGUGCGCGUCGGCGACGUGGCCGAAGAGGACCUGGACGUGGAACUGUAG